CAUCUUCCACUGAUGAUAAAAACCUUCAGGCAGAGAACUGGAGGCUGCAGCGACCGAACCAGAGGCUUUCUGUUAAAACCACACACACACACACACCCACACGGCGUUCACACCUUUGUGAUAAAACCCACACGUGUUCGUUUCCCGGCUCGUGACGUGUCAGACAUCUUGGACCAUCCUGGAGUUCGAGCUGGAGCAGCAGGAGGAGGUGAGAAGUUCAGACUGUGAAGUUUGGAGGGAGGAGAAGUGGACUUUCCCUUCAACGUGCUGAUUUUCCCUUCAACGAGGAGCGGAGGAAGCCGAGCAGCCGUCGACGUGGAGAGUGAGAGCACAGAGGGAGUGAAAGGAGAAGGUAGAGACGCCAACCGACCCAUCCGCCUGCUGAGAGAGCUAGAGCGAGCUGUGACAUGGGGAAGCAGAACAGCAAGCUGAGGCCCGAGGUCCUGAACGACCUGAGGGAAAACACCGAGUUCACCGACCACGAGCUGCAGGAGUGGUACCGCGGCUUCCUCAAGGACUGUCCCACCGGCCAUCUCACCGUGGAGGAGUUCAAGAAGAUUUACGCCAACUUCUUCCCGUACGGCGACGCCUCCAAGUUCGCCGAGCACGUCUUCCGCACGUUUGACACCAACGGCGAUGCCACCAUCGACUUCAGGGAGUUCAUCAUCGCCCUGAGCGUGACGUCUCGCGGCGGGCUGGAGCAGAAGCUGCGCUGGGCCUUCAGCAUGUACGACCUGGACGGGAACGGAUACAUAAGUCGAGCAGAGAUGCUGGAGAUAGUUCAGGCGAUUUACAAGAUGGUGUCGUCAGUGAUGAAGAUGCCUGAGGAUGAGUCGACACCAGAGAAGAGGACAGAUAAGAUCUUCAGACAGAUGGACAUUGAUAAUGAUGGUAGACUGUCACUGGAGGAGUUUAUCAAAGGUGCCAAGAGCGACCCGUCCAUCGUCAGACUGCUGCAGUCCGAUCAGGGAGCCUCUCGUCAGUUCUGAGGGCAGAGACAUUAACGCCCACGCACGCUCUCUCCAACACACACUCAUCAUUCCAGCUUCGUGCUGCGCGGUCGUCACCACACAACCCUUUCAGUUUAUCUACACUCCACUGUCUUAAUGUUUACAUGAACGGAUAAUUGAUUUUUUAAUUUUUUUUUCCCCUCUGUGGACAUUGAACUUGCUUGAGUCUGUGUAUAAGCUUCUCCCCCUUCUCCCUUGCCUUGCUGUGCCAUAUAUAUUUAUACUCACUGGAUUAUAUGCUUGCAAGUAUAAUGAGUCCUGUGAUGUUACAUGAAGGAGAAAACUAAUUACGUCAGUUGGUAUAAUUUGAUUGAACCGGUUGUUCAGGAUAUCGACAAGUGGCCGUUCUGAACGAUCUCUAUAUGCCUUUGGUAUUUGCAUGCGCUCAGUGAUACGUGUGUUUUCUGAUAUUGUAACAGUUUACGUGAAUAAGGAAGCCCGUGAUUGUUUUUAUUCCUUUUUAUUUUUGUAACAAAAACGUCAUUUUGUUUUCACACAAUUGAAAUAAAGUCGUGUAAGAAAAAUAUA